AUGCAAAGUUCUGGAAUGAACGAGAAGAAAAUCGAUAACAACUAUCACCCCAAAUAUAAUUUGAACAACCUUGCCACUCUUCCUGCGCCAAUUUCCGGCAAAGAACAGCAAUCAGAAAACCGAGAAGUUUCAUUAGGUUCGAAGCCAAACACAGAAGUCAUAGAACAUUUAAAGAAAGAGUUGGCACAUCUUCCAUUGGAAACGAUAUUGAGCCUCUUCUCCAUGCACCAAAACGAUCUCGAUGCCACUAUUCUUGCUGGAAAGGAGCUGUUCAUUCCCAAAUACGCCCCAGAAAAUGUCCAGAACAUUAUCAAUGCCAAUAUCGCUUUUGAAAGAGAAGAGAUGACGGCAACAACUAAGAAGCGUAGACAUUUUUACUUGGAGAAGCAGCUACGCGGUUGUGUCGACUCCAAAGAUCUAGUCAAAUGCUAUUACGACACAAAGAAUCAGAAGAAUAAUGGAGAUUGGAGGAGAGAACAAAAAUCGGAAGAAGAAAUUUCAGAAGAACUCCGGAAAAAGCUGGCGGAUAGUGGAAUUGAGAUAAUCAGUCAGAAAAAGAAAGAGACGAUGCCAAAGAAGCGAGGACGUGGAAGACAAGCGCUCUGA